AUGGGCUCACUGGGAAGAAUUUCGGCUCUUCUGAUUCUGAUCCUGGGUUCGCAGCACUCCUCGUGUUUCUGGAUCAUUAAUUUAGUGUUCCCCCCUCCCGUAAAGCCAAGUACCCCAAACAACAGCACUCCUCCAGUCGUCAUUGUGCCUGGGAACUUGGGUAACCGUCUUGAAGCCAAGAUUGACAAACCAACGCUGGUUCACUGGAUGUGCUACAAAAAAACCACACACUGGUUCCCCUUGUGGAUUGACCUCAACAUGUUGAUGCCCGUUGGUGUUGACUGCUGGAUUGAUAAUAUUAGACUUGUUUACAACCGGACAACUCGCAGAUCGUCCAAUUCACCAGGUGUUCAGGUGCGGGUUCCAGGAUUUGGGCAGACAUAUCCCAUCGAGUAUCUGGACAAUAACAAACUGUCUGGUUAUUUUCACACAAUGGUGGAACAUUUGGUCUCUGUGGGAUACUCAAGGAAUGCGACCAUCCGUGGUGCCCCAUACGACUGGAGGUUUGCUCCAAAUGAGAAUGAAGAGUACCUCGAGAAGCUGAAAGAGCUGGUGGAGGAAAUGUAUGAGCAGUACCAGAAGCCUGUUUAUCUAUUUGGCCACAGCAUGGGCUGUCACUAUGUGCUCUACUUCCUCAACCAGCAGCCUCAGGCCUGGAAGGACAAAUACGUCAAAGGUUUCAUCUCUCUAGGAGCUCCAUGGGGGGGCGCUGUUAAGCCACUCAGAGUCAUGGCAUCAGGUAAUAAUGACGGCAUCCCAAUGAUUUCCAACAUAAAGAUACGUGAAGAGCAAAGGAUGACGACAACUAAUCCUUGGAUGUUGCCAUUUGACCGCUUUUGGCCAAAAGACCAUGUAUUCAUCUCUACACCAACAGCAAACUAUACCAAUCAGGACUACGAGCGCUUCUUCACAGACAUCAACUUCGAGGAUGGCUGGCACAUGUGGAUCGACACCAAGAACUUGACGGGAGAUCUCCAGCCUCCUGGAGUGGAAGUCUGGUGUAUGUACGGUGUUGGACUGCCCACUCCGGUCACAUACAUUUAUGAUGAGAACUUUCCCAACGCAGACCCAGUGGACUUUGUGUAUGCCGAUGGCGAUGACACAGUGGAUAGCUUCAGCAUGAGUUUGUGCAAACGCUGGACUGGAAUGCAGAGUAAACCCAUUCAUGUCACAGAGUUCAGAGGCCUCACGCACCUGGAUAUAGUGUACCACGAGAAGGUGCUCAGUCUGAUUCAGUAUAUUCUUGAGGGAAGAUCUGAAACACCUGAUGAGAUUGAUGUUAGGGUGUAA